GGGCCCCGCAGUCCGCGCGAGCUGCGGGUGCCUCGGUGAGCGCCGCUCGGGCUCUCUCAGUCUCUCUCCCCCCCUUCCCUCAGACCGGGGACCGGCAGCAGGCGCCGCUAUGGCUUCGGAUUCUGGAAGUUACAGUCAGUCUGGGGGCCAGCAGAGCUAUUCAUCCUAUGGCAAUCAGGGCAGUCAGAGUUAUGGACAAGGACAGGGGUAUUCUGGUUAUGGGCAGAGUGGAGACAAUUCCUCCUAUGGACAGAACUAUGGAAGCUACCAUGGGAACUAUGGACAGAACCAAACAGGUUAUGGCCAAGAUUCCCAGGGGUACGAUGAUGAAUCCGGUUAUGAAAAUCAGAGUCAGAGCUCCUACAACCAGCAGCCUUACAGCAGCCAGGGGCAGCAGAAAGGGUCAUCCAGAGGUGGAAGAGGCUCUUAUGAACAAAAGUCAAACUAUGGUCAGCACCAAAGCUCUUAUGACCAGCAUUCAAGCUAUGGACAAAACCAAGACUCUUAUGACCAGCAGUCAAGCUCAUAUGACCAGCAGUCGGGCUAUGGCCACCAGGGCUCAUAUGACCAGCAGUCGGGCUAUAGCCACCAGAGCUCAUAUGACCAAAAAUCAGGCUAUAACCAGCACCAAAGCUCAUAUGGCCAUUCUCAGCAGUCCUACCAGUCUCAGAAGGGAAGCUAUAGCCACAACAGCCAAGAUGAUCGCCGUGAAAAGAGUAGGUAUGGAGAAGAUAAUAGAGGAUAUGGCGGGUCACAGGGAGGAGGUAGAGGGGGCUAUGACAUGGAUGGAAGAGGUCAUAUGUCUGGAUAUGGUGGUGGUGACCGUGGUGGCUUCAAAAAUUAUGGUGGUCAAAGGGAUUAUGGACCGAGAUCAGAUGCUGCAAGUAAGAAUUUGCUGGUGGACUUUGAGUCUAUUUGA